AUGGCCACACCUUUGCUAUCUUUAGCUUCUUCUCAGCUGAGUUCAGAUAUUCCUACUGUCUCAGCUUCACCAGUAUCUAUGUCAGAUCCUCCCCUGUCCCCUUUCCAAGAAUUAUCACCCGACAUUGCUCCCUUAUUCCCAUCUCCAGGUGGAGUGGUUCCUACCACCGGCUCCUCCAUGCCCACCAUUCCUUCCAGUCCAAGCCCGCCGAAUCCCGAUGACUUGAUGUCGGCGGGUCCCGACUCUGCAGCAUUUCCUCCAUUCGGAUCAUUGCCGGGUUUCUCCACUUCUCAUAGGAUUUCAGUUGGGUCUUUAAACUUAGCAGCUUUUCCAGUUGUGGUUCCAGCGCCAGGUUAUACCCUCUGCUCAUCUUCUUCAUUUCUCUUGUUUCACCUGGCGCAGUACAUGAUCAUAAUGUAUCUAGCUAGUUACUCCUUAAUACGGUUGUUUGCUUUUGCAGCUCCUCUUAAGGAGUUGUAUUAA